AAAUAUGUUGAGAAAUAAGUAGUAUUUGGUGUUAGCGUGAUUUGCUGCUUACCAAUUAAAACUAGCCACAUCUAACGUUAAACAGAGGAAAUGUUCGUAAAACUUGACUAAGCUAACGUAAAUGUUAGCUACGUAUCGUUGACUAGCUAAUGCUAAUGCGAAGUAACUUAACAUGUUAUUAACGUUACCUGUGUGGCUAUGGAGAUUUAGAUGGAUGUGACUACUGGGUUAAAUAUGCUGCUAAUAUUAAUCAGCACUGUGCGGGGAGAAGGGACUGCAGUCAAACGCACAUCCCAGCAUCUCACGCCUGAGGAUGAAGAUGAGUUCUCAGCAGACCCACCAGCACCCUUCAAAGUCUCCAAAAUUGGCUUUAGCAUGAGCAGUCAGAUGGGGAAGAAGUCGAACCCCAUAUCUAUCAAACUUGGAGCAACAAAACCCAAAGAGCCUGUACCAUCAAUUCCUCAAAAAAAGCCAGGGCUGGCAUCUGUUUUUAAUGAAGACGAUGAUAGUGAACCCGAGGAGAUGCCUCCAGAAGCAAAGAUGAGGAUGAAGAACAUUGGCAGGGAGACACCAACAUCUGCGGGACCUAAUUCCUUCAACAAGGGCAAGCAAGGGUUCUCUGAUCAUCAAAAACUUUGGGAGAGGAAGCUGAAGGCCCAAGCAGACAAACUGUAAAUGACUAGCAGAGUUUUGUCACUAUUGGAUAAUUUUGUAUAGGUUAAACCACGUCAGAGUCAUCUUUGGAGGCUCAAAUGAUUCAUCACUGUUAACUCGGUUUUGAAAACUUCUCACCUUUGUAGACAUGCAAUGACGAAUAAUUUAAGCCUUCUAUGAUACUCUGUGACUGAAACCCACGUUUACAUGUCUAACCACUACCGGCUGAUGCUAACUGAGAGGACAGAUAAGAGGUGAAGAGUGCUGUGUUGAAGAGAUGGGACAAACAAAUUAGCCAGAAUAUUGCUUAAACUGUGUUAAAUUUGCUACAGUUGCUUUCUGCUGGCUAAUGAGAAAAUCUGGCAUCUUAGAGCCUCCAUGCCCCUUUUUUCACCAUGCUUCUUCCGAUCUGAACGUGGCUAGGUGUGGUCCUGAGCAAGCUCUUAGUUUUACUUGUCUAAUAUAUGUGUAAAAAUGUACAUAGAAGCGUGAUAAUGUUUUAUUUUUGAAUCCACAAAUGGGAGUGUGAGUUUGAGUGUUAUGUUAACGUGUGGAGCAAGUGGGGCAUAGACUAGACAUACAGAUUGAUUUGAUUGUUUUGUUUAAUUUAGUUUCCCAACAUCAAUGUACAAUCCUUUGUUUUCACCAGCUGUGCCACCUCAUAGACGGCUUUUUGUUUGAUUUUUUUAGGUUUUCUUAUAUGUUUGAGCUUUGUGCCAAUAUUUCUGAUUUUGCUUAUUCAACACCGACUUCUUUCUGUUUCACUGAAUCUGGCACACUUACUGUACAAAUGUGGCUGUUUUCAUUUUUAUGUUCACAAUUGAAGGACUGAUUAUGUGUUUUUAGUUGACAACUGUGUGAAGAUCAGAAUCAUACGACUGUGACUGGAUACCUGGGUGCUGGUAACAGCGAUAGGUUAGCAGUGAUUAUGCACAUUUACAAACUCUUUUCAUCGCCAUUAAUAAAGUUCAUAUUAUCUUUAAUACAGCCAGAAUACUUUAAAUUUAGAUAAAUGUGGUCCCUCAGUGACUUCUCCUGUGCCUGAAACUCUCUUUGGAAUAUCCCUUUGAUCAAAAAUCUAAACUUUCAAUUCCUUUGUGGGUAACCUCACUGUUGUGCAGAAUUUCCCAAAAGAAUUACAUCAGUAUCAAUUGCUGUGACCUGUUUUAUCAAACAACUCCCUUGAACAUGUUUAAAUGCCAGUUAAAAAAAAAUAAAUAAAUGAAAAAUUUUGGAUGAUA